CAAGUUACUGGAACCCAGGAAUCCGAGCAGGAGCUAGAGCUGCUGAGUCCUGCACUCAUCAAACAGACACCGGGCUCCAGCCGCCUGCCCCUCGCACGGGGAGCUCGCACCAGGGAGAGCCGUGCAUGCACUGAGCCCUGAGCACGCACGCCCCUCGGCACUGCUGUGGCGUUUCCCUCACCCGAGCGGGGACACCGUGCUCUCUCUGUGGCGCUGCCUCCCACAGGCUGGGGCCAGGGUUGGGGUGUCUGGAGAGGCAGCGUGACCCGGGGGUGAGGGCCCCGCCUGGGGGGCAGGACAGCUGGGUGCCCAGCCCUUCUCUCUCCACAGGGUUCCCUGAGCUCUCCAGGGGCUGCCAGCUCCCAGGGAGAGGGGGCGAAAAUAGCACCAUGGCAGGGUGGGGGGUUUCUGUGCAUGACCCCCGCCUGUGACAACAGGCGCCCUGGGGCUGGGAGGUGUCACCAGGCUAUACGUGGGUCUGAACGGGCCAGGCCCGUGUGCUAUGUACUCCCUGGGGCCUGGGCAGGCUGUGGCGGUGUCCUCCCUGGGCCCCGGCUCUGUCUGUUACCCCAGCACAGAAAUGGGACCCCCAGGCCCAGCGUCCCCGAGGGCUCUCUGGGUUCACAGCCACCAGAGCACGCAGCCCGUUCCUUUAGACAGGUCUAGGCAAAGCAGGAACACCGGGACGCCCUGCUCUGCCUCAGUUUCCUCAUCAUGGGAGCCUCCUUUGAGCCCAGGUCUCUUUGGGGUUCAGGGUCCCCCUCCUGUGCCAGGCUUCUCUGAAACACGGAGCCCGUCCUCGCUGACUGCCCGCUUCCUUGGCUGGGCUGUGGUGGAAGACACAGUUUGUGGAGAAGAGCCGCGUAUCUGUUGGGAGUGGUGCCCGGUAAAGACGCUGUCUCACUUUCCAAGCGUCAGCCCUGGGUGCUGGGUCGGGGGAAAGGUCUCCAAUUGCUUGUCUGGUGAUAGCCGCAUGCAUGCUGAGGAAAAGGUUUUCUCCAGCUCUUUGGAGCAGACAGAAAGCGCUUGCGAAUGUAUCCGUUGUACCAAAGGUGGUGCUGAGAGCCCGGGUCCUUCAGUCACUUCCACGGCCGGCGCCAGCCUCCAGCUCAGACAGCCCCAUGCUUGUUUGCUGGGCCGCCCCCAGGCACGUCCAAGAUCCAUGUCCCACGUGCACCCCCCUCUUUCCAAGUACCCCUGGGAGCGGGGGGGGGGUGCUAGUACCCCGGGGGCAGGGGUCGCUCAGCCGUGUUCGUCUGGAUCUCAGCCUGUCGCAGUUCAGGAAGCUGCUUGCUCUCGGCAGCCAGGACCUGGACACGAACAGAGGGGGGGUCUGUCUGGCAGGAGGGUCAGUACUUUUGAAGUGCUGCCUUCUGCCCCAGGACCUGGCCAGCAGAAGAGGGGACGGGAGCUGCCUUUGGUUGGGCUGUGACCAUUUAACCAGGGGAUUCAGCUCAUUCUGUACCAGCCUCGUGCGCUCCCCCCAGCAGGGCCGGCUUUAGGAGUGGCGGGGCCCCGGCAGGGAUGACUAACACCAAAAAACAAAACAUAAAAAAAGUCUUUCAUUUCUUCCAUGUAUUAUUUACUUUCCAUAACGAUAUAAAUAAUAAAAUGAUAUAUUCUGUACAUUGCGUUA